CGCCGGAGGAAGAGCAGAAUCAGCUGAACUACAGAAGAAAUGAAAAUAUUAUAGGAUUUCUCCUGAAAUCUAUGAAAGAGGUGAAGCACAAGCCAUCCUGAAGAAUCUCCAGAACACGCAGAAAUUGUUUGAUACAUUUAACAGACAGAGGAAACAGAGGAAAGUCCCGACAUGGAGAAACAUCAGCACUCUGUCAAGAGUUUCACUAAACAGAGUGAUCUCAAAAUACACCAGCGCAUUCACACAGGAGAGAAACCGUAUCAAUGCUCAGACUGUGGGAAGAGUUUUAAUCAACAGAGUAAUCUCCAAAAUCACCAGCGCAUUCACACAGGAGAGAAACCGUAUCACUGCUCAGACUGUGGGACGAGUUUUAAUCGACAGAGUACUCUCAAAAUUCACCAGCGCAUUCACACAGGAGAGAAACCGUAUCAAUGCUCAGACUGUGGGAAGAGUUUUACUACACAGAGUGCUUUCGAAAUACACCAGCGCAUUCACACAGGAGAGAAACCAUAUUUCUGCUCAGACUGUGGGAAGAGUUUUACUCAACAGAGUGAUCUAAAAAAACACCAGCGCAUUCACACAGGAGAGAAACCGUAUCACUGCUCAGACUGUGGGAAGAGAUUUCAUCAACAGAGUCAUCUUAAACUGCACCAGCGCUUUCACACAGGAGUAAAACCAUAUUACUGCUCAGACUGUGGGAAGAGUUUUACUCAACAGAGUACUCUCAAAAUUCACCAGCGCAUUCACACAGGAGAGAAACCGCAUCACUGCUCAGACUGUGGGAAGAGUUUUUCUACACAGAGUAGUCUCGAAAUACACCAGCGCAUUCACACAGGAGUAAAACCAUAUUUCUGCUCAGACUGUGGGAAGAGUUUUACUACCCAGAGUGAUCUCAAAAAACACCAGCGCAUUCACACAGGAGAGAAACCAUAUCACUGCUCAGACUGUGAGAAGUGUUUUUCUACACAGAGUACUCUCAAAAUUCACCAGCGCAUUCACACAGGAGAAAAACCGUAUCACUGCUCAGACUGUGAGAAGUGUUUUUCUACACAGAGUAAUCUCAAAAAUUACCAGCGCAUUCACACUGGAGAGAAACCGUAUCACUGCUCAGACUGUGGGAAGAGUUUUACUCAACAGAAUCAUCUCCAAAAACACAAGUGCAGUAACACAGGAGAGAAAACUAUCCCAAAUUUGUUCCACAGCAAUUAAAAGUGCAAAUCCUAAAUCUUUCGGACAGAACACCUUAUCCUACACUAAUGUAUUACUCUGUCACUUGGGACACGUUCCACCAGAAUCAAACAUGAACUGAAUUUAACAAUGGAUUUUACAGAUUCAGCCAAAAUGAAUCUUAUCAAGGGAUGAUGUUUACUGAAUUCCAUGUUAUGUUUUUUUCGUAUGUUUGAUAUUCCAGGACAUUCUUCGUGAGACAGAGCUCAGUUUUUAGGGUAGUUACAGUAAGAGUUCAGUUCUGAAGAAGGGCAUGUCUUUCAAGUAUGAACUACGGCAUUGCCAGAGCUUGCUCCAGACAUUAGAUUAACAUUAGAUUAACAUAGUCUUUAACAUUUAGAUGUCAUAGUUGUUGGGAGUAGAGUAGGAUUCUUGCAACUAAACGAUUUUGUUGCUGGAACACCCACUACACCCACUUUACCUAUUUUUGGUGGCCUAAUGUAAUUUAAUAACUUCCCCCACCUGAACACACACAUACCACAAACCCCAUCCAGGAUGCACUGGAAUUAGAAUAAAAGCCUUUGAUGACUCUUUUCACAAAUCAAACCUAAAUUUCAAAUGACAUAUCUGACUUUUUCAUCUCUCCAGUCCUCUCAAGAGACCUAAAUGCUAGUUGGGUAAACCUUGUACAUUUUUUGACAUUUCUCCAGCAAACACUAAUUCAGACAACCGUCAAACUUUGGACUUCAACGACCUUAAAUUGUCACCUUCUGUGACUGUCUCCCAAAUGAGGUGGACCAACAGUGCCAUCAUCAGGACGAAGACCCGACUACAAAUAUAAUAUAAUAUAAUUCAACUUGCUAAAAUCCACAGAAACGCAAUCCAUAAAGAGUUACUGCAA